ACGAGGCAAACCCCUAACGUUUUAUUACGACACAAGAAAUAUAAAAAAAUAUAAAGAAAUACAAAUAUAAUAGCUAAGAAUAGUAGAAGGAUCGAGAGACGAGAGGGCACUCUGAAAGAUAGAGUUCCUUCCCGUCUCUCUCUCUCUGAAUGCCAUCUCCCAUGGAUUACGGCAGUAGCUGGGGGGAACCCCAGGCGGCGCCGCCUCCGGUGCACCACCACCACCACCACCUCUACUAUGCGCCGCCGCCGUACGUCCACCACCCUGACGUGAUCCAGCACCACCAGCAACCCCAGCCCUCCUCCUCCACUGCAGGCUAUUACUACCCCAACCCUAACCCUAACCAUUACCACACCCCCACCCACGACGCCCCCCUCCCCUCCGCCGCCGGCGCCGGAGCCCUCCGACCCCCGUCGGCGGACACCUACGCCCCUUGCCCUUACGCCGCUCACGGGGGCUACGAUGGACUCCAUGCCGUGCCUUAUUCGUACCCUGGGGCGGUCCCACCGCCGGCGGCGGCGGCGGCUGGGGUUGGUGGCCCGUCGGCAUAUUACUAUGGUGGUGGAGGCGAGGACCCGCAUAGCCUUGCGGUGAAGGAGGCGGUUCGGCAGUAUGGAGUCGAUCCCCACAGCUACGGACCGGUCCUAGCAAGGUCUUCCAAUGGCCUGGAGCCAGCAGCUCCACCCCAGGUAAGAUCCCUGCACUUGCAUGGUGGUGCGUCACAUCUAACCUCUGAAAAAACAAAGAAGAGGGGCCGGAAGAAGGUCACCAAGGUUGUGCAAUCAGCAUACUGUGAGGUCUGUAAGAUUGAGUGUAACACGCCAGAAGUUCUGAAGUCCCACAAACAAGGAAAAAAACACAAGAAAACGUUGCAGAAACUUCAGGAGUCUAUUACAGCAAAUCAUUCUAAAGCUCCAAAAGCCACAGUUGAGAGGAAGGAAAUUCCAGAUGCUGAGAAAAGCAAAACUGUAGGUGAGAAAGCAAAGCAGAAGGGAGCUCCAGCAUCGGCAGAGGAGCUGGAAGCCAAAAAAAGGAGAGUUUUGGAAGGUGGGGCAGCUGCGGAGGGUGUUAAGGUUUGCACUAUUUGCAAUGUUGUAGUUAACAGCGAGAAAGUGUUUGAGUACCAUGUUGCAGGGCAGAAGCAUGCUGCCAUGGUGAAAAAGCUGCAAGAACAAGAAGUUGCAGCUGCAUCAGAUAUAGUUAAGAAAUGACAUGGAUGGUUUAAAGUUUAAACAUUACUUUUGUGCUCUCUUUAUAUAUUGUUACAAUGAUGAGAAGCCAACUACCUGUAUGUUAUUUGAGCUUAGAUUUGUCCAUCAUUUCCUGGUAUUAACUUUGUUCAGCUUUUCUCUACCAUAUAUUUCUUCUUGCUCAGCUCAGUGCCUGGGAUAAUACCGGGAAUCAAA